CGGAGGUAGCAUUGGACCGGAAGGAAAUAACCGGCUGGAGGUGGAUUGGGAAAGAGAGAAAAGCAGAUCGAAAGAGGGUGUAUGCUGAGGCUGCAAAACCUGAUGUGACCACCAGAAGUGCUGUAAGACUACAUUCAUAAAUAUGGAAUUAUGGAUGCUGACACUAAUCACAGCCUGAGACCAUAUAUUAGAGGGAUCCAAUAUAAGCUGCAGAACCCAAAGGUGCCAGAAGAAUCUUUACUGGAUGAAAAUUAUUUUAUGAACUCUGAGAUUUUGGUUGGAAUUCCAGAUAUUGGAAAUGAGGAUGAGCAUAAUUACCUGUUAAAGUGCACUAGUUCCUCCACCCUACGCUCCCAGGGGAGUAUGGAAGAGGAUAGAACAUCUACUGAACACGAUAUAGACAGUGAAAAGGACAUUCAUAUCAAUAACUUGAGGCUGAAGGACCUUCUUCCCCAGUUCAGCCAGGACUCCAUGCUGAAAUCAAUCAGAAAAGACUUUAGCCUGGCAAGAGAGAGAGACGGUCAGGAGACCUACGCAGCCAAGGACUUUGGGCGGGAAGGGAUAUUCCAAGACAAAUUCUCUAGAGAAACAGAUCCACGAUUAAGAGGAAGUUUCGGAGACAAACAAGGCCAAAUGGAGGAUCCAUCACGUGCACAGCUGGUGGCACAAGCUCCAGAGACAAAUUUUAGGGAGUCGGGUUAUACAUACAGCAGCAAGUCACCAAUGGCAGAUGGUUUGGCCAACUCCUAUUCCUCCAGUGUUAGAAUAAAGGAGGAGCCAAUGGAUGAAGAUUAUGAGAAAGCUUUGGCGCCUCCAGCUGGUUUUGCAGAUAAAAUCAAAGAUGAACCAGAUAACGCUGAGGAAUAUAAUCAGCAGCCAAAAACAUCUGAAGGGGAGCUGAAAAUCAGUGCAGUAUUUUCAGUCAGUGGCAGUCCCCUGGCCCCCCAGAUUUCCACUGGAAUGCCGCCGCCCCCCAUGAGUUCCCCAGGAAGCAACAAGUCUGUCCCUGCUGUUCCAUCAGUCCCUUCCACCUCCGUCCGGGUGUCCUGUUCAGGUUGCAAAAAGGUCCUGCAGAAGGGACAGACUGCGUACCAGAGGAAGGGGUCCACACAACUCUUCUGCUCCACCCUUUGUCUCACUGGCUACACUGUGCCCCCUGCGAGACCAUUACCCCCCACCAGGAAGACCUGCUCUGUCUGUGCAAAGCUCAUUAUGGAUCCCAAGGAUGUCAUAACUGCACAGUUUGACAACCCAACCAUCAGCAAGGAUUUCUGCAGUCAGGCCUGCCUGUCUACUUUUGAACUUAAGAAGAAACCAAUUGUUACUAUCCACACAAAUAGUAUUUCCACAAAGUGCAGCGUAUGUCUGAAGAAUGCAGUGAUUCGACAUGAGGUGAACUACCAGAAUGUUGUACACAAGCUUUGCAGUGAUGCCUGCUUUUCCAAGUUUCGCUCUGCCAAUAACCUUACCAUGAACUGCUGUGAGAACUGUGGGGGGUACUGCUACAGUGGCUCAGGCCAGUGCCACCUGCUGAACAUUGAUGGACAGUGCAAAAAAUUCUGCAGUUCCGCCUGUGUCACUGCCUUUAAACAGAAAUCUGCCAAGAUCACACCAUGUGCACUGUGUAAGACGUUACGUUCCUCAGCAGAGAUGAUUGAAAACACAAACAACUUGGGCCGCACAGAGUUGUAUUGCUCGGUCAAUUGCUUAUCGGCCUACAGGGUUCAGGCAGUUACCAACUCAGGUGUGCAAAUUCAGUGUAACAGCUGCAAGACUAUGUCGGUUCCCCAGUAUCAUUUAGCAAUGUCUGAUGGGAGUAUUCGGAAUUUUUGCAGCUAUAAUUGUGUUGUGGCUUUCCAGAACCUAUUUAAUAAGCCCUCUGGAAUGAAUGCUGCUGUCGUGCCACUGUCACAGGGCCAAGUAAUCAUGAGUGUUCCUUCAGGGACACAGACACAAGCUGGGAACAACACCCCAGUUGUGGUGACUGCCACUACAACAUCCACCUCCUCUUCACCAGUUAGCAGCUCGGCAGCAGUGGGGCUACAGAGACUGGCAGCACAAUCACAACAAGCAGCAUCCUUAUCACGUAUUGCUAUAAAAUUACGGUGCCAGCACUGCAGCCGGCCUUUUGCUACCAAACCAGAACUCCUGGACUACAAGGGUAAAAUGCAUCUGUUCUGUGGGAAAUCCUGCUGUGACGAUUAUAAGAAAAUAAACAUGGUGAUGGCUAUGUGCGAAUACUGCAAGAUAGACAAAAUUAUCAAGGAAACUGUACGCUUUGCAAAUCUAGAUAAGGUGUUCUGCAGUGAAGGCUGCAAGCUGCUUUACAAACAUGACCUGGCAAAAAAGUGGGGAAACCACUGCAAAAUAUGCAGCUAUUGCUCCCAGGCCUCUCCAAAACUUAUACGGAAUCACUUUGGAGGCAAAGUUGAGGAGUUCUGUGGGGAAGAAUGCAUGUCCAAAUUCACAGUGUUGUUCUACCAGAUGGGAAAGUGUGAUGGCUGCAAACGACAGGGCAAGCUCAGUGAGUCUCUGAAGUGGAAAGGAGAAAUGAAGCACUUUUGUAACCUGCUGUGCAUUCUGAUGUUUUGUAACCAGCAGAGCACAUCAGAACCCAAUCCCAUCAACAAUACAGCAACCAGUGUGCCCAUGGUGCAAGCAGUCCCAGCUUCAACAGGUGCACCUGGAGGCAAGGAGUCUACACCAGUAAUUGCCAAUGUAGUGUCACUGGCAAGUGCACCUGCAGCCCAGCCAACUGCAAACUCCACCGUUUUACAAGGUGCUGUCCCACCAGUUUCAGCAAAAAUUAUCGGUGAUGCAAGUACCCAAACAGAUGCCCUGAAACUCCCCCCCUCUAUGCCGCCCCGACUCCUAAAGAACAAGGCCCUGCUUUGCAAGCCAAUCACACAGACUAAAGCAACUUCUUGUAAACCUCACACACAGCACAAGGAUUGUCAGACAGAUAGUGAUGGAUUGCCACAGAUCAUUGUUAUUCCAGUACCCGUGCCAGUGUUUGUUCCCGUGCCCAUGCACCUAUACACCCAGUUUGCUCCAUUCCCUGUUAGUGUGCCGUUGCCUGUUCCUGUCCCUUUGUUAAUCCCGACAACAUUAGACAAUGCAGACAAAAUCAUAGAUACCAUUGAGGAUUUAAAGGAGAAGGUCCCUUCAGACCCCUUUGAGGCAGACAUCCUUCAGAUGGCAGAAAUGAUUGCAGAGGAUGAAGAAAAGGAGAAAACAUUGUCACAUGGAGACCAGGGCAGCACAUAUAGUGGAGACCUGGAAUCAGAAGCAGUGUCUACACCACACAGCUGGGAAGAAGAGCUUAACCACUACACCUUGAGGUCCAACAAUUUACAAGAAGACCCUGAACUCCAGCAGCUGUCCAGAGCGGAGACAGAGGAGGAUUUAGAGGCAGAUUUCCCCACAGAAUCAAUUGACACAUUAAGUAAAGGAUCCAACCUGUUUUCACGGUCCCGGGCUAGACGGAAACACAGAGAUGGCUUUCCCCAGCCCAAGAGACGAGGAAGGAAGAAGUCUGUUGUAGCUGUAGAGCCACGAAACCUAAUGCAGGGAUCCUAUCCUGGCUGCUCUCCUCUGGGGUCAACUCUAAAAUAUAUGUAUGGGGUAAAUGCCUGGAAAAAUUGGGUGCGAUGGAAAAAUUCUCAAGAAGACCCUGAAGAUAUAAAAUUUGGAGGACCCAAGUCGCAGGAGGGUGAACAGGGAGAUCUUUCCCCCUUGUCUGAAAAUGUUGGAGUCCGACCAGUAAAGUUGAAGGAAGACCUGCUGUCCUGCACAUUUGGAGAAUUGAGCUAUGGCUUGUGUCAAUUCAUCCAGGAUGUACGACGGCCUAAUGGGGAGAAAUACAGCGCGGACAGCAUCCUGUACUUGUGCCUUGGAGUCCAGCAGUACCUUUUUGAAAAUGGGAGGAUAGAUAAUAUCUUCACAGAACCCUAUUCAAGAUUCAUGAUAGAACUUACAAAACUGCUGAAAAACUGGCACCCAACCAUACUAUCCAACUGUUACAUGUUUUCGAGGAUUGAAGAGGAGCACCUUUGGGAGUGUAAGCAGCUUGGGGCCUAUUCACCUAUCAUUCUUCUCAAUACUCUUCUCUUCUUCACCACCAAAUACUUUCAGUUGAAGUCUGUGAGUGAACACCAGCAACUCUCCUUUGCUUACGUCAUGAGGCGCUCCAAAACACUCAAAUACAAUACCAAGACCACUUAUCUGCGAUUUUUGCCGCCUUACCAGAAGUCAGACCUUGAGCAUGAAAAAUUAUCGCUAGGCAAACGGAAGCGCAUAGAGGGAGAGGACGGCCAGUUUGUGAUGGAGAUGGAAGAGAACACAGACAACCCUCUCAGGUGUCCAGUGAGGCUGUAUGAAUUUUAUCUGUCUAAAUGCAGUUCUGAAAGUGUGAAGCAGCGAAAUGAUGUAUUCUACCUACAACCAGAGCGCUCAUGUGUACCCAACAGCCCUAUGUGGUUUUCUACUAUGCCCAUUGAUCCAGGCACAUUGGACAGCAUGCUGACUCGCAUUCUCAUGGUCCGAGAAGUCCAUGAGGAGCUGACCAAAGCAAAGGAGGACUCGGAAGCUGAACUGUCUGAUUAAUGUGCAUUGGAUGCUCCAUAUUUCUGCCAACCACAUCACCUUACACAAAGCGGGGCAAGCACUAAACUGUGAAUGCAACGUUUCUCCCAAUACCCUCAUUUUCCUCUAUAAACUCAUCCACUACUAUUUUCUCCCUUGAUUUCUCUUCCUAUGUGUAUUAUAGAUUAAAAGAACAUCUCCCCUGCUUGACCUGAAUAGGGGAAAGGACAAUAAAACUGUAAAUCUCCAUUGUGAGAAGCAGUCACAGAAAUUAUUAAAGGACUCAAAUAUCCCAAGAGGAUGUUAAACCUAUGGGCAACUGUUAGGCCCAUGAUUAUCUUUUUAACUGGAACUUAAGAGAGUUUUUUUAAUCCUUUUUGGUGCCAAGUACUCACUCCUUUUGUAUAAGGCAGCAAUAGGGGUUAAGGAUAUAUCUCUUAUUUCAUAGUGUUCAAUCACAUUCUGUAGAAGAGUACAAGCAAAGGCUCCAACUUUACAGAUAAAUAGGGAAUUUUAACUUUAUUAUUAGCCCAUUUGGACCUUUCAGCAAAUUAUAACUCAUCACGUACACAACUUUGCCAUUAUCAUAUACAACGUUUGUGAGAGCCGUGUGCCACCUGAGACAGCAAUUCCCAAACCUUCUGAUGUUGACACAGAGCCUUGUGUGCCCUGCAGUUCGCUAAACCAGAGGCCCAACUUAAAGAACGUCUGGAUGCACAGUGAAACACAAAUUUUCAGACUGGAGCCCUGUCUUGCUAACAACCUCAUGAAUAUCAUGGACCAUCACAAGUUUAAAAUCAGGACAACCACCCUUGUUCACAAAAAAAAAAAAAGAGUAGUUACCUCUUGAGUACAGAUUUGUCCUGAGUUUUAUACGUUUCCCUUAUACGGUUAACUUCCUCUAAGCCUCUCUAAAUUUGGCAUAUAUAAUACCUGCUAUUUAAAAGACAUGUUACUGGUUUUCCUCUUUACAUCUGGGGACAAGUGAAGGCAUUACAGUUAUAUGGUUGGGUAUUUCUCGGUUGACACAGGGAAAACCCACUAAACAAAGAAGCUUUGAUUUGUGGGGGUUUUUCAUAAUUAAAGAUAAAAAAAAAAUGUAUUCAAGUCUAAAAGGAAAAAAUAUAGACAUUUAUUGCUCAAUGGAGGGUUAUGUCAAAUUGAUAGUGAUUAUGUACAGUAGGAUAAAUCAUGUUCUCCUUUUUGGUUUGUAUUAUUUUUAUAUAUAUAUUUGUGUGUGUGCAUGAUUUUAUAUAUAUAUAUAUAUAUAUAUAUAUAUAUAUUUACACACACACACAAAACCUGGAGGUAAAACUGAAAUGUAAGUUAACAUAAGAACGAAAAUGUGUAGUAUCCUAAGUUAAGAUGUGUUUGCCUUCCACUAUAACUCCAAAUGUGCAAGCACAGGUUUUUCAUUUAUCUCCUGGAACCUCAAACCAGGGCAUUACAAACUAAGGCCUGCUAUCUAAGGCUCUUUGCUGAUCUCAUUAUAAAAAAAGAGAAGGAUUACAUGAGAAGGCUUCACUUUUUUAUUCAAAGAAAAGGCUAUUGCUAGCUUUUUAUGGGGUUUUUUUUUUUUCGUUUUUUUUUUUUUUUUAUUCCUUUUUUUAUAUAUAUAUAACUAAAGGUCUGUCCAAUAAAUUCUCAACCAUGACAGAAAUUGUGUUGAAUACAUUUAUGAACCAUCAUUUCACUGUUCAGUCAUUUACUCUUUUUGUAGCCAGAGAUACUAGCUGCUUAUUGCAGUGCAAUGUUAUAAACCUUGGCUGCUAAAGGUGUUUCCAUGUAUUUUUCUUUACCCUCUCUUACUAAUUUUUUUUUAAAGUAAUGGACUUUAUUAUUAUUAAAAAAAAAAAAAAUAGUCAUUUCUGAUUUUUGUGUAUGUUAGUUCCUAUCCUGCUUGUACAAUAAAUCACAAAUUGUGUUUUUAAUGCACAGAGCUGUGUGUGGCUGAAGUUAAAAAAAAAAAAAAUCUCUCAUCCAUAUACUGUAUUUUAUCCAAUUUAUAGUUUUGUAUUUUUUAUUUAUUUUUAUUUUUUUAAGUUGAAGAAGUUUACAAAUGUGUAUCAAUAUACAUGGUUUGGGUUUAUUGGCGAUGAAGUGGCAACUGUUCACAACUAAAUAUUUAUUAUGGCUAGUUUUUGUCUGUAAAAAAAAAACACACUGAUGGGAGCCCCAUUAAUGAUACAGGUCCACAUAAACAGUUUAUAGACUUUCUAUUUGCUUGUGGCCUUCAGUGCAUGAAGGAGCAUUUGUGUGUUCUCUAUUCAGAGCUGGUAGUACAAUUCCUGCUUACUUCAGAUUUGAACUCUUUAAAACUUGGAGCUUAGACUUUUUAUAUUUUUAUAAAUAUAUAACAUACACUUUUUAUUAUAAUUCUAGAAUUGUGAAGUGAAUUAUUCCAUAUGAUUUACAUACAUGCACAAUGUGCAUUAAAAAAUUCUUAUAGGGUGCAUGAACAAACAUUGUGACACCAAAUGUACCAUAAUGGCAUCAGGUGUUUUUUAUUUUAUUAUUUUUUUUAAAGCAAAUACAUGUCUGGCUGUUUUUUGUGAUAGGUAAAUUGUUUCUCACAGAAUAAAUGGUGCAUUAUCAAUACAGCCCUCUAUACCAUAUUAUUUAAGAUUGUGUACGGAGUCCAAUGUCUGCUGUGUGCUUAUUUGAUUACGUUUGUAGGUAAGGUAGCAUUAGUAACGGUUUGCUAUAAUAUUAAUCCAAGAUAUCUACUAUAGGUAUUUAGUCAUACUAGAACAUGUUUUGAUUACAACCACUAUCAUGAUCUGGUGCUUAAUUCAUCAGCUGGAUUUUCAUAAUGGAAAUGGAAUUGUGGUAGAUGACCAAAGAAAUUGAUCAUAAUUAUAAAUCAAUGUUCAUAAUGCAAUUGAGUUGCCCUAACAUCUCCUAUAGAAUAUGCACAUUUCUUUUUUUUUCUUUUUCAUAUUGAUCAGUGGGAGAAGAAUUAUAGUUUCCAAAAAAUAAAUGAAACCAAGUUACCUAGAUUCUAUUAGAACAAAUAGCUAUCAAUAAAAUAGUUUGGUCUACCAGUGUAUGGUUUUACUAAAUAGUAAAAAGUUAAGAAUUAUCAUUUUGAAAGUACAAAAUACUCCAGUAUUAAAGGGACAUAAAAUAUUUUUUUUGUCUUUGAAUCUAAAAGAGGGUAUUUUAUUAUGUAUUACAAUUAUUAUUUUUUUUUAACUUCUGUUUCUGCGCUGAAAUAAACAUGAUCAUUGUCCACCA